AUGGACACUGAAACAUCCUUCGCAAUAGUUUCGUUGUCUCGUGCAGGCGAAGGUGCCAAGAUUUCCGGCGACAUCCAAGAGCUCCUCGACUUAAUCGAACGUACAAAUGACAGGAACCUGAAAAGGGAGCUGGAAAUACUGCUCAAUGACCUCCUCAGCAAAAACGAACAACAAGCUGCGCGGCCCCGUCGCGACCCGUCACAGUCACCUAUACGUUCUAUACCUCCCGAAAUUUUGUCCUAUAUUAUGAAGUUUCAUGUAGAUGAUCAUCUUCACUUGCCAUGGGCGUUGGCCUGCGUGUCGCGAUCUUGGCGUUCGACCGCGCUCAGUUCACCACGCCUCUGGAGGAGGAUACAUAUCGCUUUCGGCCAAGAUAAGCCUACUUACCGCCCGGGCAACACAAUAUUUCCCAAGGGCAUUCGCUGUGGAAGCCUGGAAUGCCUCGAAGUAGUCGUUACUCGAUCAGGAGUCGUCCCUCUCCAUAUAUCAAUCGACGUAUUGUCUGAAGAAAUCAACAAGGACAUGCUACACUUGAUAUCCGUGCAGAAUGGUCACCGCUGGCAAACCCUUCACUGGAGUGCGUCGUACUCAGCAACUUUCACGGCACUAUGGACAGAGUUGCAGCCUCGGCUAUCAAAUCUCGAAGCUGUUCGUUUCUCUCUCAUACAAGAUUCUCGUCUCCUUGGGGCCGUCUUUGCGACUUUGCAGCGAACGUCCCUUAACCUGCAUACUCUCCAGUUGGACGCCCGUUUCAGGAUUUUCGAUGACUCGAUCAACAUCGGAAAUUUACGUGGCGUACGUCACCUCGAACUCAACACCCUCCCUGGAGUCAUGGGUGGAGGGACAUCGCAGAGCUUUUGGUCGCGGAUCCCGCAACUAGAGACCUUAGCUUUUGCAAACCAGUCUGAAGGCCCCUUUAUAUAUGGAUCCCCGCAUGGUUUCGAGCGACUUUCAAGCUUGGCUGCAAAAGGGAGUUCGUUGAGAGGUUUGGACCAACGUGCAAGCUCCCUGAAGACGCUUACGCACGUAUGUCUGGAGGGAAUACUGGUAGAUCCCACCGAAUUUUCUCCCUUCUCAAUAUCCUUGGCCAAAGUGACGCAUUUCACUCUGAUUAACAGAUCAUAUCGACCGCUUGCGUGGUUCCGCCUCCCGUCGCUGAGCUAUCUCGAAGUAUACGGAAGUCAGGCAGACGGAAAGGAGGCAAAUAUCGAAUUAGAUACAAUAUGGAAUCCCCAAACAUAUGGCCGAGCCCCCACACCCUCAGAUUCCUUGCGUCUGGAGUCCAGGGCCAACGAUGUGCAUCUCCUCGCAAUGAUGAGACUAAUGAACAGUGUUAAAAAUUUACAACUGCAUUACGAUACAGCAUCGCGGGUGGGACUCAAGCUGCUAACAUCACUUGCAGUUCGUCCCCGAGGCAAAGCCAAAACGUCCGAUCCAGACUUUCUCAAGAAAUGGAAAGCACCAAUUUGCCCAGAACUCAAGACUUUGGUUAUUGUCUGCAAACAAGGGGCUCGUAGCGACUGUGAUACACGCCGUGAGGCUCUCGUAGACGUUGGAAAUGCCCGAAAGGGGACAGGGAGUCAUAUGAAGUUCUUACUCUUCCACAUAGGGGAGAAGCAUAGCUCUCUGAAUCCCGCCAUGGAUUUGUUACCAGUGUAA